CCGCCAUAUUGAAUAAAAUUACAAGCAUGACGUUCAUGUGUCGUUGAUGUCCUAUUUUCCCGAGGAAUUGAGACUGUUUUAAUACAUAAUCACAGAGUGAUCCUAUACACGACUAUACAUACAACCUGAGGAUGCCGGCAGAGGUAACAAAUCCGGUCGAGGGCAACAAUCCGAACAAUGAAGACGACGCUCCAUCGAGUAGCGGAAAGCGCAUUGUUGGUAUUAUUUAUCCACCACCUGAAGUAAGAAAUAUCGUUGACAAGACUGCCAGUUUUGUUGCUAGAAAUGGGCCGGAGUUUGAGACACGUAUUCGCCAGAAUGAAAUAAACAAUUCCAAGUUCAAUUUUCUGAAUCCCAAUGAUCCAUACCAUGCAUAUUACCGACAUAAAGUAAAAGAGUUCCAAGAUGGUACAGCCACUGAGCCCACUGCUUCCACACUACCCAAGUUGAUGCAGUUGACUGCUAAGCUGCCAAGUCAGGUUCAAGUGGAGCCUGCUGUACCUAAAGAACCACCCCCAGAGUACGAGUUUGUGGCGGAUCCACCAUCCAUUUCUGCUUAUGACCUAGAUGUGGUAAAGCUCACUGCUCAGUUUGUGGCUCGUAAUGGACGCCAGUUCUUGACGAAUCUGAUGAACAGGGAACAGCGAAAUUUCCAGUUUGACUUCUUACGACCACAACACAGUCUGUUUCACUAUUUCACCAAAUUAGUUGAACAGUAUACCAAGGUCUUAAUACCGCCAAAAGAUUUGAUGAACAAACUGAAAUGUGACUCUGAGAACCCUAAACACAUCUUAGAUCAAGGCAAGCACCGUGUGGAGUGGACCAAAUAUGAAGAGAGACAAAGAAAGAAACAAGAAGAACAGAAGGAGCGAGAACGAGUUGCUUACUCUCAGAUAGAGUGGCAUGAUUUUGUUGUCGUGGAGACUGUUGACUUUCAACCCAAUGAGCCUGGUAACUUUCCACCACCAACCACACCACAGCAAGUUGGUGCCAGAUUGCUUGCCGAAGAGCGUUUUGAAAUUUAUGGGCAAGAUGAUCAACCAGAGAUGGUUGAAAUGGAAGUUGAGUCUGAUGAUGAUGAUAGCGACGAAGAAGAAAAGGCAGACAAGAGUAAAGCAGUUCAACCUCCGCCUCCUCCUCCACCUCCCCCUCUAACUGAUGAAGAUACUGAAUUGCAGGAUAUGGAUGAGGGAUCCUCUGAUGAGGAUGAGAAAGGACCAUCAAUGGCUCCACCACCAGCUCCACCUGCUAGUGAUAGACCACACCAACCACCAUUACCACCCAUGCCCAAUGAUAGCAGUGUGGAAAUCAGAAGAGAUUACGACCCCAAAGCCCCCAAGGCACCUCAGAUGUCGGAUGACAAGUACCUGAUAUCUCCUAUCACGGGUGAGAAGAUCCCAACUGAUAAAAUGCAAGAACAUAUGAGAAUUGGAUUACUUGAUCCAAGAUGGCUGGAACAACGAGAUAGAAUGAUGCACGAGAAAGCCUCACAGGAGGAGGUAUUUGCAGCUGGUUCUGCCAUUGAUAGUAGUUUGAAACAGUUAGCUGAAAGACGUACUGACAUCUUUGGUGAAGGAGAUGUGGAAACUGCCAUUGGUAAAAAGAUUGGUGAAGAAGAUAUAAAACCGAAAGAAAAAGUGGCCUGGGAUGGACACACUGCCAGUAUGGAGGCAACAAUAAAUAAAGCUAAAGCCAAUAUCUCAAUCAAGGAACAAAUUGAAGCAAUCCACAAAGCUAAGGGUCUAACACCUGAUGAAGCAAAAGAAAAGAUUGGUCCUGCAAAGCCAGCGCCAAUGUUACCAUCCAUGUUAGGUGGGCAUUUGAGACCCCCUAAGCCGUCAAUGCAACACAAGCCACCAACCACACACCACCAUCCACCUCCUGCACCACCGCCUCUCCCUCCACCAAGACUACCAUCGUUAAUCAGCGCACCAGGUGUUCCACCACCAUUAGGCCUGCCACCUCGUCAAAAUAUGCAGCCAAUGCCGCCAAUGCGACCACCUCAGUUCUUUCCACCAGGUCAUCAACCCCCACCUGGGCCCCCUCAGCACAUGCAAUUCAUGGGUGGAAUCAAUCCUAAUCCCCCAGUGGCUCGACCUCCAGGUCAUCCUGAAAUGCAAUCCAUGCCAUCGCAACAACUUCAUAUGCCACCUCAACGUGAACAGCAAAUGAUGCAGGAAGAGCCACCAGCAAAAAAACAGAAGACAGAGGACACUCUUCUUCCAGAAAAUCUAUUCUUGGUUAAAAAUCCUGGUCCAGUUAUGUUCAAAGUACAAGUUCCUCACUUACCUGAUAAACCAGAGUGGAAACUCAAUGGACAGGCACUUACUAUGACACUACCAAUCACAGAUCAGAUAUCUGUAAUAAAAGCCAAACUGUUUGAAGAAUUGGGUAUGCCAACCGGGAAACAAAAACUCCAACUGGAGGGCAUGUUUAUCAAAGAUUCCAACACCUUGGCAUUCUAUAAUGUAAGUAGGAACAGUUUGGUGAAGUUGUUACUCAAAGACAGAGGAGGAAGAAAACGAUAGGAUUUUCCAACGCUGGAUUUGCUGCUAUUUUAAACAUGUUUUCGUUCAUUUUCGCAGAAGUAGUUACACUGCAAGAAUUCGUGUGUGCAACAUCUUUUUUUUCCCCCUCUCAAUUUACAUACAUGUAUAACUUUACAGCAUAGCCUUGUAUUCAUGUCAAUUCUGUUUUCUGGGGAGGGUGUAAUGCUAAUUUAGAUACUCUGUGAUUUUGAUGUUUGUAUUGAUAUGUAUCGGUGUGGCUGUAGUGUUAAAUGAUCAUUAUUUUCAUGUAUUAAAUAAACAUUACAAUAAAAUA